CUUACGCCAGUAGUGCAAGUGGACAGCAAAUCAAGGAAGUUACACCAACAGCUUCAGCAUGGCUCAGUGUCCAUCAGAGGCCAGUGCAGACAGUUUGAUUCCAGAUGUAAGGAACAAUAUAAACUCAAGUGAACUUUCUACAGAGACUCCAUCAGUGAGAGCCCGACCGGGAGAACUGGCAUUGAUCUGCAGUCUGUCCAAGUCAGACUCGGACUUAUUGUUGUCCCCCGUGGGUGAGGACGAUGAAGGUUUGGCUGGACGCAGUGGAUCGGUGUCAAACUGCAGUUCUGGGCAAACAGCCAUGAAGCGCAUGCCUUCUUUUGCCUCGGAGUGGGAUGAGAUUGAGAAGAUCAUGAACUUGAUUGGAGCUGGCAUAGAGUCCAAAAAGACCACCCCAACUUCAGAUGGGGCCUGUGGUAAAGCCCUGGACCAGCCUGUGGGAGAGUGGCUGGAGCACGUGGGGCUGCCGCAGUACGAGAGCAAGUUCCUGCUCAAUGGUUUUGACGACCUACGAUUCAUGGGAAGUAACGUGAUGGAGGACCAAGAUCUCAGAGACAUGGGGAUCACUGACCCAGGACACCGUAAGAAAAUCCUGCAUGCGGCACGCAGCUUGCCGAAGGUGAAAGCACUGGGCUGUGAUGGUAGUACAUCUCUUGCCUCGUGGCUUGAUGGCCUUGGACUGCAUGAGUAUUUGCCCAACUUUCUCACUACUGGUUACCGCACGCUGGAGUGUGUUAAAAACCUGUGGGAACUAGAGAUUGUCAAUGUUCUUAAAAUUGGCCCUUUGGGACACCGUAAAAGGAUCAUUGCCUCCCUUGCAGAGAGACCAUAUGAAGAGGCACCCUCCAAGUCCCGACGUCUCUCUCCAAUCAUGUUCCAUGACCUGCUGUCCCAGGGUAACACUCCCCUGGGACAGCUGGACCCCUACACCAGUCGCUCCAUGGACAUGCUCCUUCCUUUGACUGAGUCCGAUCGCCGCAGGAGGGGCUUCGACCAGGACUGUAGUGCGUCUCUGCGGUCAUACAGUGAGAGACCAAGAUCUGUGGAAAGGCAUAGUGAAAGACAUAAAGAUCGCUUUAACCUUCGACCCACAAGCCAUUCUGCUACCUAUGCCACAGUGUCCGCAUGGCAUCACCAACCUGAAAAACUCAUCUUGGACUCCUGUGGAUAUGAGGCCACUUAUUUAGGGUCAUUGAUAAUCAGGGAUCUACGAGGGAUUGAGUCCACACAAGAUGCCUGUGCUAAAAUUAGGAAAUCAAAGGAUUCAAGAAAGGGUCCAGUCGUCAUAUUAUCUAUUACAUAUAGAGGUGUCAAGUUCAUUGAUGCAGCUUCAAAGACCAUAAUUGCGGAACAUGAGAUCAGGAACAUUUCUUGUGCUGCACAAGACCCAGAUGACCUGUGCACAUUUGCUUACAUUACCAAGGAUCCGAAAAGUGGUCACCACUUGUGCCAUGUCUUCAGCACUGUUGAAGUGACUCAGACAUAUGAGAUCAUCUUAACGCUGGGACAAGCCUUUGAGGUGGCCUAUCAGGUGGCCAUGCAGUCCAGAGCCAGACAUUACGCCCAGGUGUCAGCCCAGAAUCCGGAGGUCGUUGAAGCUAAAACCAGUCGCCCCAUCUCCCAGUCCUGGAGCAAUAUCCGCAGAUCAGCAGGUGCCCCUCAGCUCGAAUGCCGCUGCUGUCACUGUCACACAUGUACUACCCACCGCCCCUCCUUCCUCCCGUUGCACUCUGUUAGCCCUGCAGUCCAGCUCACCCCAGCGUUCAAGUUUCCGGAUACCAAGCUGUGAGUUGAAGGGGAGCAGCCGAUGUGAGUGUGUUUGCGUGUGUUGAAAUAGUAGGAAAAGCAGUGGAAACAGAUAGAGAGAAAAAGAGAGGUAAGCUUUAUGCAACAGCAGGGCCAACUAGCACUACUCUGACAUUUAGAGCGCACUAUGUAGACCCCUGUCCCAUGAUAUAAACCCCCCCACAGACAAAUGUAAACUGUACCACGGGCCCACAGGACCUCUGUAUCACUCCUGUCUCGAGAAGGUUAGCCUUGGAGGCCCAGGCUGUUUCCUGACCUCAUGGUGACUGCCCAAUCCUGUCAUUGUAGGUACUGUAUGUUUAGACUACUGUAGACCAUUUCUAUUGAUUCAGGUCUAUUGAAGAUACUUCCUGUGGAAAUUAUUCUGGAGAAAAUGUUUGAAAAUGUAGAGAAAAAACUGUACCAGCAUAUAAUGCUUUGCCCAUGUUUGUGGACAGAGUAUGGUUUGUCAAUGAAAAAAAUGUGAUGUUUAAAAUUUCAAAGCAAUAUUAUAAUAAUUAAAUUAAAUAAUACAAUGACUAAGGAUCCAAUGUCUGAUUUAUCUGGUUUGUAAAAUGGUGGUUAACUGAAAUAUGCCAACAUUUCAGAAUACCCACCUUUUUUGAA